AUGGUAUCGAAACUCUACUGCGAGGCCUCCCCACUUAAUCUCUCAUCUUUAGCCACCAUUGUCAAGCCAGAGGCGAAAACUCGUGCUGAGUUUAUUGAAAAGUGCCGACAAGAGGCCUACAGCGAUGUUGUAGUCAUUUACCGGACCUAUUACAGCGCGAAUAUUACUGGCUUGAUCGACGAAGAACUUGUCGAUGUUCUCCCGGAGAGCGUCAAAUUUAUUUGCCAUUCCGGAGCUGGGUAUGAUCAAAUUGAUGUCGGCGCAUGCUCCCAGAGGCAAAUACAGGUGUCGAAUGCGCCCGAAGUUGUAAACAAUGCCACGGCCGACACAGCACUUUUCCUCAUGCCUGGGGCUCUUCGAGGGUUCAACCAAAGUAUUUUGAGUCUUCGAGGCGGCUUCUGGCGAGGGAUAUCAUCCCUGCCGCUUGGGCAUGAUCCCGAUGGAAAGACUAUUGGGAUUCUUGGGUGUGGAGGGAUUGGCAGAAACAUAGUCAAGAAAGCAGCAGCCUUUGGGAUGAGGGUGAUUUACUACAAUCGGACUAAAUCAAGUCAUAUCACAGAAGCAGAGUAUGUCACGUUCGACGAGCUUGUAAGAUCCAGCGACGUUAUCUCUAUAUGCACCCCACUGAAUACGAACACGAGACAUGUGUUGUCACACAAAGAAUUCAGUAUGAUAAAACAAGGUGUGGUCGUCAUCAAUACGGCACGGGGACCGAUAAUAGACGCAGAGGCUUUGGUCGCCGCUUUAGGGAAUGGAAAGGUAUGGUCUUUUGGCCUGGAUGUUUACGAACUUGAGCCGAAUAUUCAUCCCGACCUUAUCGCCCAUCCAAGGUCUAUGCUACUGCCUCAUUUGGGAACGUACACUAUUGAGGAGUUAAGAACUCAUGUCUAUACACACACGAGAAUGAAAGCGCGAUGCAUUUCAAAUGUGCGUUCCGCAUUAGAGCAUGGGAAGCUGAGGGAUCUUGUCCCAGAGCAAUCGGAUGGGGUAUAA